AUGGUGGUGCUAGUACUGGGCGGCACAGGCAAGACGGGCCUCCAUGUAGUGCAGCAACUUCUUGCGAGAGAUUUCCAGGUGCGGGCCAUUGUCCGUUCACCUGACAAGUUGCCAACUGAUGUGGUCAAGCACGCUGGCCUCACCAUCAUAACUGCCAAGAUCUUGGAUCUAAUCGAUGAGGCGCUGGUGGAACAUAUGGCCGGCUGCACAGCUGUGAUCAGCUGUUUGGGACAUGAGGGGAACUUCCAGGGCAUUUGCGGCAAGGCCUCCCAAUUCUUGGUGUCUGAUGUCCUUCGCAGAGUGUGCCGUGCCACCAGGGACGUCAAGCAGCCUGUGAAGGUGAUCCUUAUGAGCACAGGCCUGUAUACCAAACCGGACAAUGCGGAGGAUGUGAGGGUCCGAAGCACCUGCGGACAGCGAGCACUUUUGGGCCUGCUGUCUACGUGUUUGCCUCCUCACAAUGACAACAUGAGAGCUGCUGAGUUUCUUCGAACAGAGCUGGAGGGAAUUCAGGGCAUUGAGUGGUGUGGAGUGCGCCCAGAACUUCUGGUAGAUGGAGAAGUGACGAAGUACGAGCUUCAUGAAAGCCUCGUUUGCAGCAUUUUCUCAGCAGGUCAAACAUCGAGAGCAAAUGUCGCGCAUUUCAUGUGCGAGUUGGUGCAGAACCCUGCCACUUGGCAGAAGUGGAAGGCAAAGUUUCCUUUGAUUUACAAUGCUACGCCUUAG